AUGUCGUUUGACAUCGAGACCCUUCCUUUCCCGCCUCCUUCCAAACCGACCUUUCCGCUGAUCAACCGAGGGAUUGAUUGGAGGAGAGAUACUUUUACGGAGUUAUUCUUUCCCUUUUGUUUCACGCUGUUCCGCGUAAGCAGUGGACACGGAUCAAUCUUUCGCUAUAAGAGUCCCAUGUCUUUUUUAACCACUCCGCCAAGGGAACAUCUUGCAGAAGUUGUAUAGUAUCAAGUGUCUAUUCAACUCUAUCUAUCUAUCGGAUAUGGAUUUCAAUCCUUUUUUUUCCCUUCUCCCUUAUCUUUCCUGCCACCAAGGAUAUGCAUAUCCAGAUUUUCUUGCUCGGUAAAACAAAACACCGAGUCAGGACCCAAGGUCCAGAUUGCCUUACCCCCCCUAGAGGAAAAAACCCCCACCACGGGAUUAAGUACAGCACAUCCAGUAGUAUGUAAACUUUAACAGCAUCCAUCGCGCGAGUGACGAAGCACCUGUGAGCAUGCAUCGCUUGCAUACACUCGAUGUGGCGAAUGGGUUUCUUUUUUCUUAGCGAAUUAAUCGCCCUGCGUGUGUGGGGACUCGAACUGCGUCGUGAGGUGGUGCGCCCCUCUCCCCUCCUCCC